AUGGCAAUGAAGUGGCGAAAGGCGGCCGUAGAAGGAAGAAAAAGAAUCUUGUUCCAAAGGGCAAGCAGUUUUGCCAAUUUAAAUGGUUCCAACACUUCAUAUGUGGCUAACAAGGGUCACUUUGUUGUGUACACAACGGAUUGCAGGCGCUUUGUGAUUCCUCUUCCAUUUCUUAACAAUGACAUUUUUCGGGAACUCUUGAAAAUGUCAGAGGAGGCGUUUGGAUUGCCAAGUGAUGGCCCCAUUACGUUGCCGUGUGAUUCCUUCUUCUUCGAGUACAUGGUGUCACUGAUACGAGGCAGCGUCGUGAAGAAUCAAGACAAACUUAAGCCUAUGUCAGUAGUUACUGCUUGCUGCUCAUUGUCAUCCUCUUUGCAGCAAGAACCAAGACAUCAAAAUGUACUUGUUUGUAACUGA